AUGACUCGAUGGGAGCGCAGACCAGCACCGCACAUCAUGAUCGAGUCGUAUCGGCCCGCGGUGUCCCUCGCGCCCACGGUGAGACCCACUCGAUGUGCGUGCGUCCGACCCGCCGCGUCGGCAUCGGCCAAGCCCUCUCGCCCCUCGCGCCGGAACGUCCUCCUCCUCGCACCGGUCCUCCACACCGGCCUCGCGUCCGCCGAGGAGGCCAGGCAGCCCCCGCGCGAUCUCGGCGAGGGAGUCCGGGGCGUCGAUCUCAUCCCGGGGAGAGUGAACGGCGCGGUGGUGAAGGAAGGCGACGCCGUCGUGGUGAACCUGAAGGGCAGGUUGUUCGCGAAGCAGGGUUGGGUGUUCAGCGACGAUUGGGCCGAGACCAGGGACGGUCUCCCUCAAUCGCACACGUUCACGGUGGGCGCGGGCGAGGUCAUCAGGGGUUUGGAGGUUGGCGUGCUGGGCAUGCAGGAGGGUGGCGUGAGGAGGGUGGUGUGUCCUCCAAAUGUCUCUUAUCAAACGAAAGAUCAGCAGCCGGUGCCUAGAGACUUCUCCAAUCGUCAGCGGCUGUACACGACGAUCUUCAACCCGACAAGGUUGGCGAACGGCGAGGGGGACACGCUGAGCACGGUGAUAUUCGAUAUCGAACUCGUCAGGGUGGCCAGGUAGUGA